AUGCAAAUCACCGGCAAAUCCGAAUUGAUGAAAAAUCAGAAGCACGCAGAGGUCUUGUCUCCAACCAAGACCUUUGAUGUGCUUCAGACGCCGGAAGGGGACUCCCUCUUUUUCUCAAUUGGCACAGACAACAUCUUCUAUGUUACCCGAGAAGUCAAUCAGACUCAAACGGGAUGGACUCGCGUGGAUCUGUCAAGCCCGAUUUCCACGCUGCAGGGCGGAGCUGCCAUUGUCGUCAAGACUUUUGCGCUUGCCCAGAAUCCCAAGACGCAAAUGUUUGAUGUGGCUGUCGUCAUCACCAUCUCGGGCAAUGAUCUGCUCUACAUGUCAACCAACCACAGCAAUACUGCGGCUGACUGGGCUUCCGGCAUAACAUGGACCGAGAUCCCUUUUGACGCCGCUGGGGUAUCGAUUCCGAACCCGCUGGUUGUCUCGGACGUCUAUCUUAUGACCAUUGCCAAUCCAGAUGAUGAGUCGCAGCCGGGAACUUUAACUUGCUUUGUCGAUGUGAUUCAUAGUCCCACGAACGACCUUGACCGAUAUUAUGUCCUGUCAAGUGGCCUUACCAAGUGGGUUCGCCACCCUUGGGCUAUAAAUCUGGGGGCAGGAUUGAUAGACAGCUGCCUCGGGCGACGCACGGGAGACGAGAUACCAGGUAUCUAUACUUUUGGGAGCUUGGAAGGCACAAAAGAACUCAUCUUUGUCCCGGAGUACAACUUCUGGGACCAGAAUUUACAGCCUCCACUUGCGCGAUUACAGUUGCCACAACAGCCAGGAACUAUAGCCUCGGCACUCAACAGCUCGGGCUAUUCCAACCUGUUCGUUGCCGCGGCAUCGGGCCUGUACGUGUUCGCUCCGAACGCUCAAUAUGAUGGCGCCUCUGGGACCUUGGUUGUGCCCGACGCAACCAUAGGGGGCGUCGAUUUGUUUGCCAACAUAACUUCGCUUGCAGCCUACACUGCGGGCAACAAGACCGUGGUUUGGGCCUUGGGACAACAAGGCCAGCUUUUCCAUGUCGAUUGUACAGCGGGAGAGGAGACGACGCCAUCGGCCUGGUCAACUCCAGUCCCUUUCUCCGCCAACAUCAACCAGUUUGCGUUCUUCCUGAACGCGGCUUCGACAAACAUCGUCUUAUUCGCAUACUCGUCUGGUCAAGACAUUUUACAAUUCACUCAGCAGCCUUCGGGAGAGUGGGUUCAACGACACAUUUUGAUGCCACCCAGCGAAUCGAGCAAAUAUGUUGAGUUUACCAGCUUCACUACCCGCAUUGCUUUGCAGGAUGAUUAUGGGUCUCCGAUUCCAUUCCAAAACAUGAACAUCACCUCCGAGGUCCCAGUGUCUGUUUACAUCAACGACACAUAUCAUGUGCUAGGUCCCACUGUUCCUGUCACCGUCCAGACAGAUUGCGGAGGCUCGGUAACCGUCAUUCAAGAAACAAAUACGCUCGGUGCUGUCAAGCUCACGGCAACCGUCGAUGGUCCAAGUCCUGUUAGCAGUACAGUCGAUCCGCUCAUCAAAGCCAGCGCAAAGCUUCAGUCCAUUCAAUCUGGUGAUGAUCUUGCCAACAUAACCAUCCCUACCGACGAUGGCUCCCAGAAGCCCUUGAUCUCCAGCAAUGUCAGCAGUGACACGCGGAAUGCUGCCGCACAAGCCCUGACGCAGCUCAUGCAAGCCAAAUCCGGCAUUGAUGCAAAAUCUCUGUCCAAUACCACAGUCAACGGAACAGGGGGCUCUGUGGAUCCUCCGUCCUCAACCACAGCCUCAGCCAACCCUCAAAGCAACCCGCCCACUGUAGAUGCAAACAUGCCGACUGCGCCUUCGCUCACAGGCUCUUCUACUUCGACGGUCGAUUUGCUGGAGCAUAGUGUUGAGAUAGCGGCCGAAGACUUCUUCCAGUUCUUGAAGCUCGCAACGCAGACAGUCUCGGAGUUCGUCGUGCACUUUGCGAACGAGGCGUGGCAUUUUGUCGCCACGAUUGGCACUGACGUGUAUCACGCAGUGCUCGACACGGUGGUGGCCGUUGUCAACGCCGUCGAGUUUGUCUUCCAGAAGUUGGAAGUGGCCUUUGAGGAUCUAUUUCGCUGGCUGGGCUUCAUCUUCUCCUGGCAGGAUAUCAAGCGGUCCCACAGCGUCAUGAAGUAUACCUUGAAGGCUCAGAUCCAGAAUUUCAUCAAUUCUAUUGAUGUCAUGGCCACAAAUAUAGACACCUUCUUCGUCGACGCUGAGAAUAUUGUGAAUGGGUGGGCUGGUGUGACCGACCCCGGCGAGAGUAUAGGGACGCAACAGAAGCAGACCAACCAAGUUCAAGGCUCAGACAGCCCGCAAGCUCACUGGGCGCUCUAUCACACGCAAAACGGCACCGAUUCGGCUCAGGUCACUAGCUCUGAGCAGCCAGGGGGAGAUCUCUCGUCCGUUGAAAAGAUUCUCGCCGACUUGGAUGCCCUGGUGACUGAUCAAAUUGAUGAUAUCAAAACGGUUGCGAUACAGAUCAAGACUGAAAUUGCCGAUCAUAUCCAUGACCUCACACCGAUUGAGAUUAUCCAAAAGAUUCUCGCAAUCGCCGCAGAUCUGCUACUCAAAACUGCAAAGGACGUACUAGUCACAGUCCUCGACGUCUUCAAGCUCAUCGUCCAAGAGGCGUUCAAUAUGUUUGACUCUCCACUGAAUAUACCCGUUCUUUCUCAAGUCUACAAGCUCAUCACCGGGGACGAACUGACCAUCAUUGAUUUGGUCUGCUUGGUCUCUGCAAUUCCAGCUACCAUCAUAUAUAAGAUUAUAUGCGGCAAAGCGCCUUUCCCGGACGAUGCGACCGUUCAGUCUUAUACUGGAAGCGGAACGAUUCAGCCAAUCAGCAUUCCAUCGUUGAGUUCAAUUCCCCAGCAAGCGACAACGAGCGCAGCCUCCUUUAUUCAGAUUCCGCAACAGUAUGCCAUGCGCGAAGCCGUAAACGGUGUACCCCCAAAGACCAUGAUUCUCUCCGCAGACGAGACUUCACCGAGUGCAGCUGAACCCGCGGCUGCCCCAACCUCAGACCAAUCUCAAGAGUCCAGUUCCCUAGAAACACUUCAGGUUUUCUUCAACUAUAGUACAGUCGGCAGCGGCAGUCUACUGGCUAUGCUAUCUCUGCCAAAACGUAGAUUCCUCCGUGCCAACUUUCAGCAACGUGCCAACCCACAGCCCGCCCAGAAUGCACAACCUCAAGCAGGGGGUAACCCUUUGCAACAACCCCUUCUCGGCCAAGCAGGAGGUGGCAAUGGCGGAAAUCCAGGACCCGCCGCAAUGAUUCAACCUCCUCCGCCUUUGGGUGCAUGGGUCGAAUAUGGUUACGCAGGUGUCUACUUGGCGUACAUGUUCCCCAACUUCCUGUACAGCCUCCCACUACAAUGGUAUCAGGGGUUGAAUGUCACCAUUGCCGCCAUCGACGCAGUUAAGGCGCUCGCAGACGCCACCGGCAAGAUGGACCAUUGCAUUCCGAGGUGGACUGAAGUUGUUUCGCCAGUCGUGGAAUUCGUGAUCAACACAAUCUGGCUGGUCCCCGCUAUAGCAAGCUAUCAAGAUACACCACAACCAACGGCCAAGGAUGAUUACGGUCUAGCAGCUAACGUGUUCUUCGAUUUCGGUGGUAUCAUAACGCCUGCCACAACCCCUUAUAUUUGCGAAAACCCACCGCUCAACCUGGCUGCUUUUCUUGCGACCCUCGGAUCGAUUGCUGGGUACGCAAGUUUUUCAUCGGCCACGGCAUACGCAAUGACGCACCAAAAGUGA